ACUCGCGCAUUCGCCCCACGCGGCGCACAGCGGCCACACAACGCGGUCAGUCGUGUGUUGACUGCACCGAAAGGAGCGAUAUCGUUUAAUUAAUAUUAUUAUUGUACGCAGUAUACCAAAACAGUUGUGUAGUUUUCAAUCCGACUUGUGGAAUUUUUUUCAUUGAGUAUUAACACUUUUCUUCCGGAGUCGCGAUAUUAUCAUACCUAUUUACUAUGCACAACACCAAAACGGUAAUUGUCGCGCUCAGACCGACUUGAGAAGUAAAUUGUCUACGUUAUCAAACCAUUUCGACACCUCGUCGUCGUAUUCGUUCGAAUGAUGAUAAUACGAUAUUAUUAAUGAUCGUCGUAUAUCGUAAUAAUUACAUUAUAAUUUUUUUAUUUUAAACAAUUUUUUUUCACAUUCAAAUAUUUAAAACAAUACAAUAUAUUAUUAAAACUAAUUCAUCCAUGGAAGCUAUUAGCUUGUAACAAUACUAUUAUCAUACUUUCGUCGACGUGCCAUAAUGUUGAACGCGGGACAAGUUGUGCCGGGUGUGGAUGAUAUCUAAUAACAAUAUCUAAACUCGUGUGGAACAUAAGCUGCCAGUUUCCUCACCAUCUUGAUGACGUGAAUUUGCUGUAAGAACUCAUCAAAAGGAAAUCGGUUCGACAUACCAGCUUGGUUAUGUAUUGUUUAAAAACAAUAUUAUAGUACUGUUGAUUAUAUUUUCACAUAAACGCUGGGGUUUCCGUGUUUUAUGUCGUAGAGAUUUUUCAUAAAAUUUACGGGACACGCAACACUGGUUCACGCGAUAUCUGUGUUGAAAUUUUUUUCACUACAAUCCAAUCAUCUAAACAUUAAUAUUCUUGACCAUGAUGCUGACAACGGAAACGGUUAUGGGCGCAUGAGAGACCUUUGUACAAUUAUUCACAAUGAACAUUCGUGGGGCGGCUGGUGGGGGUGGCAGCGGCGACGGUUCCGGUUCACCUUCCGAUGCCGGAUACUCGGCCGCCUUGGUAGACGUUGGCCGGAAAAUGUUGGCAAUGGAUGGGCUGCGGCUGCGGCCGAUCAGGACCACAGGACCGUCGCCGGUGGCGCACAACGGACGCUACUGGACGCCGGACCGACGCAGGGAGAACGCGGAAACGGUCAGGUACAUCCGGUGUCUGGUGCAGACUUGUGAGGCCAUCAAGCCGUGGACCGCGGCUGGUUACCAAACGUCUUCGACACCGCAGACCCGAACCAAGGUAACGAUGGACCAGUUGCCGAGAAUAAUGCAAAAGGUACUCGGAAACAAGAUCCGGAGCAACAGAGACCACAAGUUCGUAAACUACUGGACGCCCAGCGAUUUCGUCAAAAACUGUUUGUUUUGGCACAACUUCUACAGGCACUUUCAUAGGUCAUCCGACUUGGUCUUGAGUCCACACUUAUGCGUAGAAGCGCAGAACUGGGCCAAUCAUUUGGCUCACACGGAGACGUUCGCUUAUCAGAACAAAAUCAAUUACGGACAGAAUCUGUUUUGCCGGAAACCGACGAACACCGAAAUCGAAGGAAAGGACGUGGUCCGAGAAUGGUAUUCGUCUUCGAGAGUUUACAAGCCGAGAAAAAAUCCCAAAAUGUACUCGGCCAACAUCAAUUCGGGUAAAUCACCACCGCGCUUCGUUGUGCGGUCCUUUCACGCAGCUCGUGUGGUCGAACACAAAAGAGUUGGGCGUCGGAAAAGCGUGCAGCCGGUCUGGUCGGAUAAUCGUCGUGGCCAAUUACCUGCCGAAAGGAAACGUCAACGGACAGUACGCCAACAACGUGCACAUGAACCAAUACUUUUUGCCGGCCAAUAAGAAGAAAUUAGAAUUCAUCACCAGACAGGGAGAAUAGAGACGCCGAAACGACUUCGACGGACUAUAAAUUAAUAUUAUGCUCAAAAUACCGUUUAAAUGUCACGAAAAAAAUUAUAUCAUGAUAUUAUAAACAUCGUCGACCAUUUUGUUCGAAUAUAUAAUAACCACAAUGUAAUUAUCGUUCCGUGAGUUUUUGCAGUAAAUUGUUGCAACCGUU